AAUUAAACGCCGCUAAGCGCAAUCAAUGAGAGAAAAUCAGUUGAGUGAACAUUUUUGGAUCAAAAUCCAGCGGUAUAAAAGCAGAACGGCACCUUGGAGGAGUACCAGUGCUCUGAUUGGGUUAGGGGAGAGACCAUGGCACGACCGGCGUUGAUAACCAUAGCGCUCGCAAUCAUCCAAACUUCCUCAAGCGAAUUUGCCCACCCAUACACCGAGGCCCAUUUCCACAAACAACCAUCGGUGGUCUACGUCCCGGUGUGCACCCCCGAGUGCCUCAAAUCAACCCAUCACCAGUCCCAUUUCACGCCCAACAAUUACCACCAACUGGAGACCCAUCAAUCGCAUUUCACACCCAUUGCCGCGGAACAGGCAAAUUACCACCAUCUGGAGGGCCACCAAGCCCAUCACGGGGAUUCGGGAAGUGCGUCCGUUUACCAGCAAAGCGACCAUCAUGGGUCGCAGCACGAGCACUCCAUCCACCAUCAUGGGUCAGGGGAGAGCCACCAAGUGUUCAAACAGGAGCACCAGCACCUGGACGAGGGGCACCAUUACGACCAUGAACACCACCACCACCACGAAAAGGAUAAAAACAUCAACUACAAGUUCGAAUAUUCGGUCAACGACCACAAGACCGGGGACGUAAAGCACCAGAAGGAGGAGCGCAAAGGGGAUGCAGUCAAUGGGGAGUACUCCCUGCUGGAGGAGGAUGGGAAUGUGCGUACCGUGAAAUAUUUCGCCGAUUGGAAGUCGGGCUUCCACGCCCAAGUGCACAAUUCGAAGCCGAGGGCGCACGGCUGAUUUAACACACUUCAUUAUUAAUCGUAUUCCUAGUCUCUUGUAUUUUGUGUAAUCGUACAAAUCGAAUGUGAUAAUGUGUUUUUAAUAAAAACUUGUAAAAA